AUGACAUCUAGACUUGAUCGUUUAUUUAUUCUAUUGGAGUCAGGUUCAUCCUCACUAACUCGCCGGGCCGCUGCAAAGCAAAUUGGCGAAGUGCAAAAGUUAUAUCCUCAUGAACUGCACGCUCUAUUAAACCGUCUCAUUGGCUAUUUACACAGUAGUUCAUGGGAUACACGCAUAGCAGCCGCUCAAUCAGUCGAAGCUAUUCUUGCUAACGUACCUCAAUGGCGGCCAGAAUUAUACUUUAAUACUGGUAUUGUAAAACGAGAAAUCAAAAAAGAGGAAGCGCCCCUUCAUGUGGCAGAUGAAGAAAAUAGCUGCCAGUCAAAUGAUUCCAACGCUACAACAAAUACCACUGCAUCCACUGUAGCCAGUGAAUACAAUAAGGAUCGCUAUUUAACGAUUAGCGAAUUUAACUUGGAGCAAGUACUCAAAAAAGGUGCUCGCCUUAUUGGCUCGGAGGGUGUAGAAUUUUAUAUUAAUGACGACACUAGUGUCACUGCUAUAGAUGCCACCAAAGAAACAGCCACCGAACGUUUAAGUAGGCAGCGGGCUUUAUUAAAUGAAAAACUAGGAUUAACGCAAGCUUCUAAAAUGGGCGUUAACCUUACAGACAUGAUUGUCGAUGAAGAUGUAAUGCGUAACAGCAACAAUUAUAACAUUAAUGAAGAGAAAGUGCCGGUGGAACAUAUUCUCAACAUUAAGCCAAAUGUGAAUCUGAUACCUUCGAAUGGUCAACAACUUAGCUGCCGUGAAAUGAACAGAGCUAAACGUAAGGCUCGUCAAAACGCUGCUGUAUCGUCAGGGAAUAAUGUGAAUAUUCAUUCGGCGAAUGGAAAAAAUGAUGAACCAGAGAAAAAGAAACUGAAAAGUGGUGAAUCGCAACGGCAAGAAGUUUUUUACAGUUUAAAUGAUCCUGUUCCUGAUGCAACUGGUAUGUGGAUAGAUGCUUUUAAUUGGCCAUUGGAGAAUUUCUGUGCUCGUUUAUACGUCGACCUCUUUCAUGCCAAAUGGGAAAUACGCCAUGGUGCUGCCACCGCUUUGCGUGAGCUAAUCAAUCAGCAUGCAUCCGGUGCAGGAAAGGGAGUAAAUAUGACACGCGAGGAGAUGCAAAUUUAUCACAACAUGUGGCUUGAAGAUGCUGCUCUUCGUUUACUUUGUGUGCUUUGUUUGGAUCGCUUUGGUGAUUUUGUCUCCGACCAGGUAGUCGCUCCGGUACGCGAAACCUGUGCCCAAGUAUUGGGUACAAUUGUUAAAGAAAUGGAACCCGCGAAGGUAUUUGAAAUAGUGCGCAUUUUACGCACUUUACUGAAGCAGAACGAAUGGGAGGUUCGCCAUGGUGGUUUAUUAGGCCUGAAGUAUGUGUUUGUGGUGCAAGAAAAACUUUUGCCAACCUAUUUGCCGCAAACAAUUUCGGAUAUAUUAAUGGGGCUUUUCGACGGCGUUGAUGAUGUGGGCGCUGUCGCAGCUUCUACUUUAAUACCAGUAGCUUCUUGGUUACCGCAAUUAUUGAGUCCCACACAAGUAUCGUCUAUUGUUAAGAUGCUUUGGGAUUUGCUGCUAGAUCAAGAUGAGUUAACGUCGGCUUCUAACAGUUUUAUGGGCCUUUUAGCAGCCAUACUUUGUCUUCCAAAUGCUUCCAGUUGGAUUCAAAUGGAACCUAUGUCCACGUUAGUGCCCCGAUUAUGGCCAUUUCUCUGUCACAGCACCAGUUCAGUUCGUAAGUCCACUUUAAUCACGUUGCAAACUUUGACAAUCACAAACAGCGUAAAAAAGGAAAGCUGCGUUACACCCAUUGCCAAAACUGAUGCAAUGACGGAAGCUGAUUUCAACUUUGACUCAAAAAAUUUGAAGUUAAAUUUCGGUGUUAUUGAUUGGCAGUGGAAGUUAGUGCAGGAUGCUCUCCGCCAUAUAUAUCAACGCAUAUUAGUCGAGCCGUUACCAGAUAUACAAGAAUCGGCGAAAAAUGUUUGGUUAAAUAUCAUAGAAAGUGCUGAUCUGGGGGCGUUGUUGCAUGCGGCUUGCCCCUAUGUAUCCUCUUGGAUAUGCUUAGCAAUGCAGCCGUCCCGAUUGCCAUUCGACCCAGCCAUAUUGAUUCAAACUGUUAGCACUGACUGUAACAGCAGCGGCAACCAGGACAGUUCCCCCGCUCAGAGAAGACGUCAGCAACGCUUUGCCGAUGAUUUGGGUGGCGCCAACUCACCAGUAAUGCUAAAACUUUACUUGGGCGGCAGUGAGUCUACUCCUCUGGAAGUGCGAGAGCAAAAUUACGUCCGCACUCGUAUUACAGCAGCCCGCGUUCUGGGUUCAUUAUCGCGUUACCUGGUGCAACCAGCCCCUGGUGUAGUUUAUACGUCAGACUCCGAAAGUCCUAUGGAGUGCUAUGUUAAAGUUCUGUUGGGUCAUCUUAAUUCUCGUUCGUCUGUGCAACGUAUAGUCUGCAGUUUAAUAAUCGCCUUUUGGGCAAAAAACGAUUGCACAGUUUGUCCGGGUCCACAAAAACUGCAAGAGAAAUUACUCAGUUGUGUCGCAGAGUGCGUUUAUUAUGACGAAGUCGCCAUAAACUUUACCAGGUUGCUUCAAGAGGCUCAUGAUCUUAUUGCAACAUUUAAGCAAUACAAAAUACCGGUAAACGAUUUUGGACAGGCCAAAGUUCUGACAUUAGAUCAGAUAGAAGCUUUAUCGACAACUUUUACUGCCGAUUUGCGCAAACAUCAAGUAAAACCUAAGGUACUCGAGUUGCUUGAAGAUCGAAGAAAAGGGCUUCAGCAUUCACUACAACAAACGUGCGCCGAACAAACGGCUUAUAACGUUAGCACCCAAGCCGCUUUAGCUGGUUCCGUAGUCUGUUUAAAAUGUCUUCCGGAAAAACUAAAUCCAAUCGUUAAACCACUGAUGGAGUCUAUAAAACGAGAAGACUGUCAGCUUUUGCAAGAAUUGUCCGCUGAAUUUUUAGUAGAUCUAAUGGCCCAAAUUUGUGAUAGAAAUCCUAGUCCCAAUAGUAAAAUAUUCAACAAUCUCUGCACGCUACUUAAAAGCGAUAAUGAAUUUACACCACUUAUUUUGAGUCCCUUAUUGACGCUAAAGCAGACAUCAUAUAUUAGUUCGUCGGCGCAAAACGUACAGUGCAUUUAUUAUGGAAUAUUAUCACUAAGCUUGCAGCCGAGCACUUAUACAAUAACUGGUUCAGAUGGUAGUUCAUUAGCAAUUAAUACAUCUAAUACGCCACGUGGUCCAGGCAGACCGCCUUUGUGCGAUACGCAAGCAGCUGCUGUAAGCAACGCUAUCGCGACAGAAAACAGUUCUAAUCCGUUAAACGAAACCGAAUCAAAGUACGGCCGUAUACAACGUUUGGGUUCGGCGAGUGCGAUCUCAAAGUUGUGCAAACAUUUCGGACCACAACUUAUGCGAAAGAUGCCCAUUUUUGAAGAAUUGAUGUUCGCAAGAAUCAAUCAAUACGUUACAGCUUUUCCGGACAUGGAUUUGUUACAAGAUGUAAAAAUAGAUGUUUUUCAAUGUAACAAUUUAACUACUUCUCUACAAUUAAUUGAAACAGCAGCUCCUCACAUGCAUAAGGAUUUUCAUACAGUGUUAUUCCAAAUGCUGGAUCAUUUGGGCAUCCUCAUAGCUCAUCCUCUAAAAGCGAUACGCCAUAUGACCGCCCGAUGUAUCGCUACGUUAGCCGACAUUGACAGUUGUCAAACUAUGGAUUUUGUAGUGAAUCAUUUAUUGCUUGUAUUACGUAAGAUCGAAAAAGUCAUAGAGCGUCAAGGUGGAAUUGAAGCGAUUGCGCGAGUCGUAGAGAAACUUCAAAUCAAAAUCGUUCCGUAUAUAGUAUUGCUGGUAGUACCUUUGCUGGGUUGCAUGAGUGACUCUGACGAGUGCGUUCGUUUACUGUCUACUCAUUGCUUUGCUACACUUAUUCAGCUAAUGCCUCUGGAUUCCAAGACGAGCUCAAGUGGAGGAAUCAUUGAACAUAAGAUUAAGUCCGCCGAGUUGCAAGCACGCAAAACGCGAGAUCGCGAAUUCCUUGAUUAUUUAUUUAGUCCUAAAUCUAUACCAGAUUACAAGGUGCCUGUACCGAUUAGCGUAGAUUUGCGCCCUUAUCAACAGGCGGGUGUAAAUUGGCUGUGGUUCCUUAAUAAAUAUAAUUUACAUGGCAUACUUUGUGACGACAUGGGUCUUGGCAAAACUCUUCAGACUAUCUGCAUAAUGGCUGGUGACCAUCAUCAGCGUCGUGUCGAUAAUGUCAGCGAUUUGCCAAGUCUUGUCAUUUGCCCACCAUCUUUGACGGGCCAUUGGGUCUAUGAAGUUGAAAAAUUUUUGCAAAACUCUGACAUUCUACGGCCAAUGCAAUAUGUUGGAUUGCCUAGUGGACGUGAGUUAUUGCGAUGUUUGAUAGGCAAAAGCUUUAAUUUUGUAGUAGCAUCAUAUGAUACAAUACGUAAAGAUAUUGAAUUUUUUAAUACUAUACACUGGAACUAUUGUGUACUAGAUGAAGGACACAUCAUCAAAAAUGGGAAAACUAAAAGUUCGAAAGCUAUAAAAAUGUUAAAAGCUAAUCAUCGUCUAAUAUUGUCAGGAACGCCUAUACAGAAUAAUGUGUUGGAAUUGUGGUCUUUGUUUGAUUUUCUGAUGCCCGGCUUCUUAGGCACAGAAAAACAAUUCAUAACUCGUUAUUCAAGGCCUAUAUUAGGCUCACGUGAUGCUAAAAGUUCACCCAAAGAGCAAGAGGCCGGAGUAUUAGCUAUGGAGGCAUUACACCGUCAAGUCUUACCAUUCCUGUUGCGUCGUGUAAAGGAGGACGUGCUCACCGAUUUACCGCCAAAGAUUACCCAAGAUUUACUAUGCGAUCUUAGCCCCUUACAAGAGCGGUUAUAUGAAGACUUUAGUCGUAGUCAUCUUAAUUCCGAGUUAAAAGACUGUCUAGAGAAUCUGGGCGAAAAAAGUGAACUCAGUUCCAAAACGCACAUCUUCCAUGCUUUACGUUAUUUGCAAAACGUAUGUAAUCAUCCGAAACUGAUCCUUACACCGAAGCAUCCCGAAUAUGAACGUAUUAAUCAAGAGCUCGUGAAAAAUGAAAGCUCACUUAGCGACAUAGAACAUUCGGCCAAACUACCCGCCCUGAAGCAAUUACUUUUAGAUUGUGGUAUUGGUGUGCAAACGGAAUCAGUAUCCCAGCACCGAGCUUUGAUAUUUUGCCAAUUGAAAACCAUGUUGGAUAUCGUGGAAAAGGAUUUGCUACGUAAGCAUUUGCCAACAGUAACUUAUUUGCGUUUGGACGGAAGCGUGGUUGCUUCUAUGCGCCAAGAUAUUGUGCAUAAGUUUAAUACAGAUCCAAGCAUAGACGUUCUAUUACUUACUACCCAAGUUGGUGGUCUUGGCUUAAAUCUGACUGGCGCCGAUACCGUGAUAUUUGUGGAACAUGAUUGGAAUCCGAUGAAAGAUUUACAGGCCAUGGAUCGAGCACAUCGAAUAGGCCAGAAAAAGGUAGUUAAUGUAUAUCGUUUGAUUACACGUAAAUCGUUAGAAGAAAAAAUCAUGGGAUUGCAAAAAUUCAAAAUACUCACGGCUAAUACAGUUGUUAGCUCGGAAAAUGCCAAUUUAGAAACUAUGGCAACGGGGCAAAUAUUUGAUUUGUUUAAUUUAAAUGAGAGUAGCAACAAGAACGACAGUGGUAGACCGUCGUCAUCAUCGGGAGCCAUCUCUUCGUCCGGCCAGCUUACCAUGAAUGCUGUAUUGGAAAACCUACCUGAGUUAUGGUCCGAACAACAGUAUGACGAAGAAUAUGACAUAUCGAAUUUUGUGCAGUCAUUAAAGAAGUAAUUUUAAUUAUUUUAAUAUUAAGACGAAAUGUUAAUAAAUAGAUCGAUCGCUUUUGUAUUAAACUUUCAUUGUGUCGUACACUUGAAUAUAAACACCCCACACGUUUUAAAUUUGUAACGCUUUUGCUAGGCCUUUUCCAAGGAUGUUGACACUUAACAAAAAUAAAAGAAAUAAACGAAAAACAUUUUUUUUUUUU